UAUACAUCUGGCGCCAUGUUGUGGACAGCUAACAGGAUCAUUAGGAAAUUUUCCACAAGCUCUACUUACUAUCAAAAUAAGCUGAAACUGGCCCUGAUUGGCCAGAGCCUGUUUGGACAGGAAGUGUACACUAACCUUCGCCAGCAAGGCCACAAGGUGGUGGGUGUGUUCACUGUCCCUGAUAAGGAUGGCAAGGCAGACCCAUUGGCGGUAGCAGCGGAGAAGGACGGCACGCCGGUGUUUAAGUUCCCCCGGUGGCGUGUGAAGGGCAAGCCCAUCCCUGAGGUUGUGGAAGCCUACAAGGCGGUGGGAGCGGAACUGAAUGUCAUGCCCUUCUGCUCCCAGUUCAUCCCCAUGAAUGUUAUUGACCACCCUAAACAUGGCUCCAUUAUCUACCAUCCCUCUCUCCUGCCCAAGCACAGAGGAGCUUCCGCCAUCAACUGGACGCUGAUUGAAGGUGAUAAGAAGGCAGGCUUCUCUAUCUUCUGGGCGGAUGAUGGCUUGGACACUGGCCCCAUCCUCCUGCAGAGGGAAUGUGCUGUGGAACCUAAUGAUACUGUUGACACCCUUUACAACCGCUUCCUCUUCCCUGAGGGCAUCAAAGCCAUGGUGGAAUCUGUGCAGCUCAUAGCUGAUGGCAAAGCUCCCAAGAUCCCACAGCCUGAGGAAGGGGCCAGCUAUGAGGGCAUUCAGAAGAAGUCCAAUGCUAAAGCAAACAUGGGACAGCCAGCAGAAGCCAUCCAUAACUGGAUCCGUGGCCAUGAUAAAGUUCCAGGAGCCUGGGCCGUCAUUGAUGGACAGGUGGUGACUCUGUAUGGAUCAUCUUUGCUGAGUGGCUCUGCACCAUCUGGCCAACCUGUAGAGGUGGAAGGAGCCAGUCAACCUGGAUUAAUUACCAACUCAGGCCUAGUGUUGUUUGGCACCGACGGGAAAGCACUUCAGGUGAAGAACCUGCAGUUUGAGGACGGAAAGAUGAUCCCUGCAGCCAAGUACUUCUCCUCAGGAGAGAGCGCCAGCGUGGAGCUCACCGAGGAGGAGCGGAAGAUGGCCGAGGAGAUCAGGGGGAUCUGGAAAGGCAUUUUGAGCAACGUUCCAGCGAUUGAGGAGACGACUGAUUUUUUCAAAUCUGGAGCAGCGUCUAUGGAUGUUGUCCGGUUGGUGGAGGAGAUUAAGCAGAAGUGUGGGGGUGUGGAACUGCAGAACGAAGAUGUUUACAUGGCCACCACGUUCCAGGAUUUUAUCCAGAUGUUUGUGCGUCGCCUCCGUGGAGAGGAUCAGGAGGAGGAACUGGUUAUUGAUUAUGCAACUAAAGAUGUGAAUAACAUGAGCCUGAAGAUGCCGUACCAGUGUUUUGUCAACGGAAGGUUUGAAGAUGCGGAAAACGGAAAGACCUACGACACUGUGAAUCCCACAGAUGGCUCAGUCAUCUGUAAAGUCGCCUAUGCCUCAGUGGCGGACGUUGACCGUGCAGUGAGCGCAGCUAAAGAGGCAUUUGAGAAUGGACCCUGGGGCAAAAUGAAUCCUCGUGACCGAGGCAGGCUGCUCUACAAUCUAGCUGACUUAAUGGAGCAGCAUCAGGAGGAACUGGCCACCAUUGAGGCCAUUGACUCAGGUGCUGUGUACACUCUGGCCCUCAAGACUCACGUGGGCAUGUCCAUUCAGACCUUCAGAUACUUCGCUGGCUGGUGUGACAAGAUCCAGGGCACGACGAUACCAAUCAAUCAGGCCCGGCCCAAUCGCAAUCUGACCUUUACUAAGAAAGAACCUCUUGGCGUAUGUGCCAUUGUGAUUCCCUGGAAUUACCCUCUGAUGAUGUUAGCCUGGAAGAGUGCAGCAUGUCUGGCAGCUGGAAACACCCUUGUCCUGAAACCUGCACAGGUGACUCCUCUGACUGCGCUGAAGUUUGCAGAGCUGACUGUGAAAGCCGGCAUUCCUAAAGGUGUUAUCAACAUUCUACCUGGAUCAGGUGGCCUGGUUGGACAGAGGUUGUCUGAUCAUCCUGACAUUCGUAAACUGGGCUUCACUGGUUCUACCCCUAUUGGCAAGCAGAUCAUGAAGAGCUGUGCAGUGAGUAAUUUGAAGAAAGUCUCCCUGGAGCUUGGUGGUAAAUCCCCCCUCAUCAUCUUCAGUGACUGUGACAUGGACAAAGCAGUGAGAAUGGGUAUGAGUUCUGUGUUCUUCAACAAGGGAGAGAACUGCAUUGCAGCAGGACGGCUGUUUGUGGAAGAAUCCAUACAUGACGAGUAUAUUAGUAGAGUGGUAGCGGAGAUUAAGAAGAUGAAGAUAGGAGACCCAAUUGACCGGUCUACAGAUCAUGGUCCCCAGAACCACAAAGCUCACCUGGACAAACUGGUGGAAUACUGUGAGAUCGGAGUGAAAGAGGGGGCCACACUCGUUUACGGGGGCCGACAGGUUGACAGACCAGGGUAUUUCAUGGAGCCAACAGUGUUUACAAAUGUGGAAGAUCACAUGUUCAUUGCCAAAGAGGAGUCCUUCGGCCCCAUCAUGGUAGUGUCCAAAUUUAAGGAUGGUGAUGUAGAUGGUGUUCUGAGCAGAGCAAAUGACACCGAGUUUGGCCUGGCCUCCGGCGUUUUUACUCGAGACAUUAACAAAGCCAUGUAUGUGAGUGAGAGACUGGAGGCCGGAACGGUGUUUGUCAACACCUACAACAAGACCGACGUGGCCGCGCCCUUCGGUGGCUUCAAACAGUCAGGCUUCGGCAAGGACCUGGGUGAGGAAGCGCUUCACGAGUACCUCCGUACCAAAGCCGUGACAGUGGAAUACUGAAAGGGAAAAGAUCCUGGCUGAACUCUGGGAUCGGCUGCUAAUAAGUCACUCUGACUGAAGUCGAUCAGGUUGAUUUUGCGUCUUGUCUCUGGACUGGCUAGGAGUGGUGUUGACAGACGCAUCUUCUGCCGCAAAUAUUCUGACGUGCCUACGUUUUUUAUCACUCCGUUUUGGAAGUAUGUUUUUUUGCUUAAAGGAAUAUGAGUUGAUCUCCCAUCCCCAAGCAGAUGGGAAAAAAAAAUAACACACUUCAUAAUGAUUUGUUCAUAAUGGGUAGUUUGAGGCCACCUAACAUAAAGCUGUCUGUAUAGUAAGUAUUCAGUCACCCUGGAGCAAUUACAGUAUUACAGAAUUCUAAUUUAAUCACAGAAUUUUAAUCUUUCAUAUCUGCUUAUCAAAAAAAAGUGUCUUUUUAUCACUUCUAUUAUUUAGCUUGUAUGUGCAUAGAUCCCGUUUUAAAGUAGCAUACUU